AUAUGGCACCCCUGGCAGUCUGGCCUCUUGUAAGAACACUAACACUACAACAUUGACAGUGCAUAUACACUACAGACCGCCGCCGUCAUAACAAAUUUGGGGAAUAUUGAAGGCUGAUAAUAUCAAAUCACAAGACUUUUUCGUCUGCGUUAGCGUGUUUGUCUGAGCUCAACAGACAACAACCGAACUGUUCAAUUCAUCGUUCGUCUCCUGCCUACCCGUGAGCGCGGAUUAUUCUUGUCGUUAUUGUUCACACAUCGUGCGACAAGAUGAGCGUCGACAUGGUGGAAGACGGUCAAGAUGAAGAAAACCCAGGAUAUGGUGGAUGCGAAGGUCCGGAUGCUAUGUAUGUCAAGCUGAUAUCGAGUGACGGACAUGAGUUUAUUGUCAAGCGAGAGCAUGCAUUGAUGUCAGGCACAAUAAAAGCUAUGUUAAGUGGUCCCGGCCAGUUUUCAGAAAAUGAAACUAAUGAAAUCCAUUUCAGGGAGAUACCCUCUCACGUUUUACAGAAGGUCUGUAUGUACUUCACAUACAAAGCUCGUUACACAAACAGCUCAACUGAGAUUCCUGAGUUCCCUAUUCCACCACAAAUUGCAUUGGAACUUCUUAUGGCAGCUAACUUUUUGGAUUGUUAAUGUUGAGUAAUAAAAACUAAUAUUUACAAAC